CUGAUUCAUUGUUAAAAUAAAAAGGCUAUGACCCCCGCGCUCCGCACCCCGCCACCCCCCGGUGCGUGGAAACCUGAGCCCAGGAGCAGGUAACGGCGCAGGGAGAUGACAUCAGAGACCCCCGAGCCACCAAGUGUGACCCCACCGCGACCACCGUGUGGGCGGAGGCCGGAAGAAACUGCCCUGGCUUCCCCCGGGGAGAAUGUGAGAUACUCCAGUGCUCAGCUGAGGCUGGCGACCAAGAUCCAUCCCCUCAGCAUCCUCUGAGACGCUCUGAAGGAAACUCCAGGCCCCGCCAUCAGGUCACAGAAGCUGCCGGAGCCUGACCCAGCCGGCAUGGAGCGGGGGGCUGUGCGCGCGCCCUGUGAACACGCCGGGGUCGGAGCACUCGCCCAGGGCUGCUGCGGGGAUCGGAAGCUCCCGGAGGAGGCGCGCGGAGCCAGGAACCAGGAGCCCAGGAGCCCGCCGAGGCCCGAGGUGCCGUACUGCGACCUGCCCAGCUGGCCGCCUGCGUCUGCGCCCCCGGCGGGGGCCACCACCUCCGGCCGCCCGGCUCCAGCAGGCCCGGGCCCCUGCUCAGGCCCCGAGAGGGACCCGUUGGCCGAGUGCCCCAGCGCCUCCGGGAGCAGAAGCUGGGACCCCGAGUCUGUGCCCUAUCUGGAGGGCCCGGCCCCAGCCCCGGGGGACAGCUGGGACCAGGACGAGGACAGUGACUCCACGACCAGCUCCGGCUCUGACGGCGGCGACGCCCCCGAUGGUACCCGCAGCCCCUUCUCUGCGGACGGGGACCCAGCCGAGCGGCAGCAGGAGAGGCGCGGCUGCGGGCAUCUCCCCACCAUGAUCCCGCGGAAGCCACAGGAGGGACUCCGAGCAGACAGUGCUCGCGCAGCUGCUGUGCUAGCCCGGUCCCCCGGGGGAGAGGACGCCGCCGCCGGCCAGAGGAAGGAGGAUCCGGGUGGCGGGUGCCGGAGUGCUGGCCAGCGCUGGGCAAAGCUCCGGGGAGAGAGUGGCCACUUCCUGGACCACCACCGGCCCGCGCCCAGCCCAGCCCCCUGCACGGAUGCCCCAGGGGGGCCGCGCAGCGGCUCCACCCAGACCCCAUGUCACCGUGGCUCUGCCCACAGGGACACUGUCCCGGCUGCCUCCACACCGCCUGAGGCCCGACCCUCCCCGUGGGACAAGGCCAGGACCUUAGUCACCCCCCAGGAGCGUCCCCGGGCCUCUGCCACCCAGCACAGCAGCCUCGGAGCCCCGUCCCCCUCCAGGGCCGCCCAGAGGGACAACGCCAGAGCCUCCUCCACCCAACGCAGCGACCCUCAAGUUUCCUCACCCACCAGAGCCCCCCAACAAGAACAUUCCAGAACUUCGUCCCUCCAGCAGGAAAACCCUUCCGACCCUUUUCCUCACCAGCGGGACAGGCUCAGAACAACUUGCAGCCAACAGGACCACCCCAGAGCCUCCUCGCCCCAGAGAACCCCUCAAAGGGGAACUUCCAGAACAUUCUGUGCCCAACAAGACAGCCUCAGAGCUUCCUCGCCUCACAGAACCCCCCAAAAGGAAAAUUCCAGAAUAUUCUGUGCCCAACAGGACACCCGGAGAGCCUCGUCUCCCAACAGAUCCCCCCAAGAGGAAAAUUCCAGAGCAUUUGGUGCCCAACGGGACAACCCCAGAGCCUCGUCUCCCAACAGAUCCCCCCAAAAGGAAAAUUCCAGAACAUUCUGUGCCCAACGGGAUAACCCCAGCACUUCCUCGCCCAACAGAAGCCCGCAAAAGGAAAAUUCCAGAACAUUCUGUGCCCAGCGGGACAAUCCUAGAGACUCCUCACCCAACAGAACCCCCCAGAAGGAAAACUCCAGAACAUUCUGUGUCCAGCGGGACAACCCCAGCACUUCCUCGCUCAACAGAUCCCCCCAGAAGGAAAACUCCAGAACAUUCUGUGCCCAACGGGACAACCCCAGCACUUCCUCGCCCAACAGAUACCCCAAGAAGGAAAACUCCAGAACAUUCUGUGCCCAGCGGGACAGCCCCAGAGCCUCGUCUCCCAACAGAUCCCCCCAACGGGGCAGCCCAAGAACUUGCACCCCGCAGAGCAACCCCAGAGGCUCUUCUACCCCGCGGGACCACCCCAAGCCCCCCGGUGGCCCGCGGGGUGACGGCCGGCCCUCGCCCACCCACCGGGAGCCCCCAUCAGCCUCUGCCCUGGGGAGGGACCACCCGGGGGCCUCCCCGCCCGGCCGCCCCCCGCGGGGCGCGCAGCAGGGCCCGCCCCGGAGCCACUCCCCGCACCGGACCAACAGGGACAUCCCCUGGGCCUCCUUCCCGCUGCGGCCCACCCAGGGCGACGGCCCGCGCCCCGCGUCCCCCGCGCGCGCCAGGCAGAGCGAGGUGCCCUGGGCGUCCAUCGCGCUCCGGCCCACGCAGGGUGAGCGGGCCCCCGCCGCGCCCCCCGCCAGGCCGGCCCGGGCCGCCGCCCCGUCCCCGCCCCCGCCCCCGCCCCCGGCCCCCAUGGAGCCGCCGCCCGCCUGUGCCGUGUGCAUCGGGCACCGCGACGCCCCGCGCGCCUCCUCGCCGCCGCGCCACCUGCAGCACGACCCCUUCCCCUUCUUUCCGGACCCCCACGCCUCCGAGGGCGAAGGGCCCCACCACGAGCCCCCUUACGUGCCCCCCGCCGUGUGCAUCGGCCACCGGGACGCGCCGCGCGCCUCGUCCCCGCCGCGGCACGCGCCGUUCGACCCCUUCCCGUUCCUGCCCGACGCGGCGGGCGCGCAGGGCGCGGGCGCGCACCACGAGCUGCCGCAGCACCCCCCGUUCGCGUGCAUCGGGCACCGCGACGCGCCCCGCGCCUCGUCCCCGCCGCGCCAGCCCCCCGAGCCCGGCAUGCUGCUGCGGGGCGCGCCGCGGGCCAGCGCCGAGAGCCUCGCGCCCUCCGCCGACCCCGCGCCCGAGCCGCCGCCCGCGCCCGGCCCCGUGUGCAUCGGCCACCGCGACGCGCCCGGCUUCUCGGCCCCGCCGCGCCAGGCCCCCGAGCCCGCGCUCUGCUUCCAGGACGCGCCCGGCGCCAGCCUGGAGAGCCUGGCCCUGUCCACCGACUCUCUGCGCGCCUCGCCCGGGCCGCCCCCGCCCGUGUGCAUCGGGCACCGCGACGCGCCCCGCGCCUCGUCCCCGCCCCGCCACCCCCCCAGCGACCUGGCGCUCCUGGCCACCUCGCCGCCCCCCGGCAGUUCGGGGGGCUCCCGGGCCUCCGCGGCCCCCGGGGAGACCAGGCACAACCUGGAGAGGGAGGAGUACUCGGUGCUGGCCGACCUGCCGCCCCCCAGGAGGCGGGUCCAGCGGGAGCCCCCCCAGCCCCGCACCCCCAGCCCCGGCCGCGCCGAGGUGGAGCGCCUCUUCGGGCAGGAGCGCAGGAAGUCUGAGGCGCCGGGGGCCUUCCAGGCCCGGGAGGAGGGGCGCUCGAGGCAGCCCGGCCCCGGCCAGAUGCAGCUUCCCCGGAGACAGUCCAGCCCCGCUCUGGGCAGGGAGGUGACCCCGCCAGCAGAGCCUGCCCGCCCGAGCCACGCAGACCCCAGGAGCCCCCAGCGGCGGCGCCCCGACACCUCGCCGCCCCCAAGGACCUCGGCCAGGACCCCUGAGAGAGAGCGGCGGGCCUGGGCCGCGCGGGGGCCGGGACAAGACCGCGAAGCCCCCAGACAGCCUGCGGGGGGGUGGUCGGGGCCGGAGCCGCCCUCGGGCUGCCCGGCUGCCCACGGUCGCCUGCAGAGAAGCUGGGCCAGCCAGGAGGAGGGCGACCCGGGCCUGGGCGCUCCCCCCAGGGGGUCCUCGGGGAGUUGGGGGGAACCGGGUGGCCCCCCCUGCCACGGAGGACAUUCAGGGGCCUGGGAGGCGGCACCCCGUAAUGGACCACGGGAGCCCCCCCACCGGACGGCCCCGAGGGGUUGGGGCAGCCUGCAGGAGCUGUUCGGGCCCCACCAGCCCAGGGGGCCCCCAGACAGUACCCGCGGGGGCCACGCGGGGGUUCCAGCGUCCCGGUUGCCCGAGACGCCCCCAGACAGAGGGCCUGGGGGAGCGUGCCCGCACCAGCCCGCCACCCCCGAGAAGCGCCCCGAGUUUGACUGGCGGGACCUGGUGGGCCUCCUGGGGGUGCGGGAGCCCGCGGGCUCCCCCAGUCUCCCGAGGCUGUGCUGGGACCGGCUGCUGGAGCUGCUGCAGGCGCCACUGCCCCGCCGGGACCCCGGCCCCACGCGAGACCCCACGGGGCCCGCGCCGCCCAGCUGGCCCGAGGGCGGGACCCUGGAGCCCCUGCUCAACGGACACGACCCAGCCCAGGGGCCCCAGGGCGCGGGCCAGGAUCCCAGCCCUGCCUGCACCCCGGCCCCGGGGCCACACACCAGAGUGGACACCAGUGGCCAGGAGACGCCGGUCCCUGCUGGCCUGAAGGAGGAGCCCAGGAGCCCGGCCGGGGGGCCCAGCUCGCCAGAGAAGUUACACCCAGAGGAGCCGGAGGGGUCAGAACUGAGCCGAGGCCCAGACUCCCCGGGGCAGACGCAGAAGCAGAAGCAGGCGGACUCGGCAGACAAGAGGCCAGCCGAGAGCAAGGCGGGCAGCCCACUCAAGGGCCGACUGGUGACCUCAUGGCGAAUGCCCGGGGACCGCCCCACGCUGUUCAAUCCGCUCCUGCUGUCCCUGGGGGUCCUCAGGUGGCAAAGGAGCGUCACACCGCCGUCCACAGCCACCGGCAGGCGUGGAAGUUUGAAAAAAAAAAAAAGUUUUCUGGGCGGAUGGAAGGGGCCCGGGCCGCGCCGGGGAAGGGCAGGGCCGGAGCGGCGGCGGGGUUCCCGCGCCGCUGAGCCCGGCCCCACGCUCCUGGCCACCGCCAUGACGCCCGACCUGCUCAACUUCAAGAAGGGAUGGAUGUCGAUCCUCGACGAGCCGGGCGAGUGGAAGAAGCACUGGUUCGUGCUAACCGACUCCAGCCUGAAGUACUACCGGGACUCCACGGCCGAGGAGGCGGAUGAGCUGGACGGGGAGGUGGAUCUCCGGGCCUGCACCGACGUGACCGAGUACCCCGUGCAGCGCAACUAUGGCUUCCAGAUCCACACCAAGGACGCCGUCUACACCUUGUCGGCCAUGACCUCGGGCAUCCGGAGGAACUGGAUUGAGGCCCUGAGGAAGACCGUGCGGCCCGCCAACGCACCCGACGUCACCAAGCUCUCGGACAGCAACAAGGAGAACACGCUGCACGGCUACAGCCCCGCCAAAGGCACCCUGAGGCCGGGGGAGCCGCGCGGGGGCUCGGCCAGGAAGGCGGACGGCCCGCGGCCCGCGCUGGACUACGUGGAGCUGUCCCCGCUGAGUCCCGGCGCCCCGCCGCGGGCGCGCGCCCCGGCCAGGCCCCUGGACCGCCCGGCCAAGCAGGAGGAGCUGGAGCGGGACCUGGCCCAGCGCUCCGAGGAGCGGCGCCGGUGGUUCGAGGCCACGGACGGCGGCGGCGGCGGCAGCGGCGGCAGCAGCAGCAGCAGCAACCGGGGCCCCGAGCCGGCCGUGGGCGCGGGGGAGGCGCCUCGCCGGGGCCUGGGCGCGCCGCUGACCGCCGACCAGCAGAGCCGGCUCAGCGAGGAGAUCGAGAAGAAGUGGCAGGAGCUGGAGAAGCUGCCGCUGCGCGAGGGCCGCCGGGUGCCCCUCUCCGCCCUGCUCGGCCAGGGCCAGGGCCAGGGCCAGGGCCACGGCGACGGCCACGAGGCGCUGGAGAGAGAGGUGCAGUCGCUGCGAGCACAGCUGGAGGCGUGGCGGCUCCGUGGGGAGACCCCCGGGGCCCAGGACGACGGUCGCAUCCCCCCAGGCUACAUCUCCCAGGAGGCUUGCGAGCGCAGCCUGGCCGAGAUGGAGUCCUCGCACCAGCAGCUCAUGGAGGAGCUGCAGCGGCACCACGCGCGCGAGCUGCAGCGGCUGCAGCAGGAGAAGGAGCGGCUGCUGGCCGAGGAGACGGCGGCCACCGCCUCGGCCAUCGAGGCAGUGAAGAAGGCCUACAAGGAGGAGCUGAGCCGGGAGCUGAGCAAGACUCGGGGCGGCCAGCAGGGCCCCGAUGGCCUGCGGAAGCAGCACCAGUCGGACGUGGAGGCGCUGCGGCGCGAGCUGCAGGUGCUGUCGGAGGGCUAUUCGCAGAAGUGCCUGGAGAUCGGCGCGCUGACGCGGCAGGCCGAGGAGCGCGAGCACCAGCUGCGCUGCUGCCAGCAGGAGGGCCAGGAGCUGCUGCGCCACAACCAGGACCUGCACGGCCGCCUGUCCGAGGAGAUCGAGCGGCUGCGCAGCUUCAUCGCCUCGCAGGGCGCGGGCAACGGCUGCGGGCGCGGCGGGGAGCAGCGGAGCUCGUGCGAGCUGGAGGUGCUGCUCCGAGUGAAGGAGAAUGAGCUGCAGUACUUGAAGAGGGAGGUGCAGGCCCUCCGGGACGAGCUCCAGACCCUGCAGAAGGACAAGCGCUUCAGCUCUGGCCAGUACCAGGACGUGUACGUGGAGCUGAACCACAUCAAGACGCGGUCGGAGCGGGAGAUCGAGCAGCUGAAGGAGCACCUGCGCCUGGCCAUGGCGGCACUGCAGGAGCGGGCCGGGCCGCGCCACAGCCUGGCCGACUAGAGGUCCUGGCCACGGGCCCGUCACUCUCCUGUCCCGCCGGACGGAAGUCAGAAGCCAAGCUUUCUCCCCACCUCUGAGGGCCGCACCCACACACACACCCCACAGGACACACAAGCCCAACACACCCGACACACAGGCACGCCCACAUGUGCAUGGGCACACACACAUUCACACAUGCCCAGGCACACACGUUCAUACAUGCUCGGGCACACGACAUUCACACGUGUGCGGACACACAUUCCUACGUGCUCGGGCACAGACAUAUUCACACAUGCGUAGACACAACGUGUGCGGGCACACACAGGCACGGGCACACAGACACACGUGUGCGCGGGCACAGACACACAUGCCCGCACACACACACUCUCUGCGUAUCUGAGCGCGUCCCUCACACUGGGUCUUACUUUGCACCUUCUUCAGGAUUUUAUAUGUGAAAAGAUUUUUAUAUAGAUUCUCUCCUUUGUUCCAAAACACUUUAUACUUUGGAGCAGUUCUCGGGGCCGCGUCCCGGUGCCCGGAGCCCGCUCACGCCUCCCUCCUCCCACCCUAACUCCCACUAACUACUUCCUGUCCCGGGGGCCCCGGGCCCUGGACUCCGGACAGAGGGACAGACGGAGAGGGCGAGCCAGCCUCGGGCCGCAGCCCCCUCGCGCACCAGGGCCGCGGGCCCGCCCGCCCGAGGACCCCCGUGAAGACGCGUCUCUCCGCCCCAGGACCCUUCUUAACUUAAUAAAAUGUCUGGCAUCCUGGUGGGUGUCUGGACAUGGCUUCGCCGCCCGCUCCUGGGCACCCACCGUCCUGCAGGGCCAGCACCCUGGCUGCACAGGCAGAGGCGGGGGCUUGCCUGCGGUUUGCCGGAGAGAA